UCAUUAGUGCAGAUUGAUCCUCCGUGUGAGGUCAGAUGGCGGUGAUCUCCGCCACACCGCCACAGCACUGAGGUGUCAGGCUUCAGAAACUGACGGAAACAUCAGAGGCUGUUCGCAUCUUCAUGAGGAACCGUGGUCUUCCUCCGUCCAGCGAGGGGAGCAUGUGUUUGUCGAGCGUGUGACAGUAAGAGGCGGGCUCAGAGGGGAGGGAGAAGAAAGAAAAAAAGCACAGAAGUGAUAGAGAGACGGAGAGAUCCAAGGACAGGCGGCACUGAGGGGAGGGGAGAGAACAGCCUCCGUCAAACGCUGAUUUCAGAGAGGAAGAUGCACGUCUCCGUGAGAGGAGCACCCGAGGCAGGUCGAUAGCCGUGGAGACCCAGAGAGAAGCAUCUGACACAGGAGCUGCCGGUUGACUCUGCUGUCAGGAACCUCACACCGCCGAGAGGACAGAACCGUACGACCCAGAACCAUGAGCGAGGCCAAGAAAGGUGAGCUGGCCAUCCGAGACAAAGCCAUCCUGCACCAGCAGAGGCGUCUCAAACAGGCGACCCAGUUCACGCACAAGGACUCGGCUGACCUCCUGCCCCUGGAUGGGCUGAAAAGACUCGGGACAUCUAAAGACUUGCAACCUCACAGCAUCGUCCAGCGCCGCUUGCUUGAGGGAAAUAUCACCCGGCUGCGAGGGGAGGCCCGCGACCCCAGCUCCAGGGUUCGCUCCCCCCUGGCCGACACCAAAGACGGGGGUCCCGUCGACGCCGAGGAAAGGAGUGAGAGCACAGCCGAGGACUCGACGGAGGAGAGGGAGUCUUUGGAGGAAAGCGAGAAGAGCCUCCGAUCGGACGAGGAGGACGACAGCAGCGAGGCCGGAGCUCGACAGACGACGGCGCAGAAGCCAGAGAGUCCGGACUGCCCGCCCCCCCUCAAAGCUUUAAUCAUUCACUGCAAGUGCUGUGAGACAGAAGUCAAGGCUUCCAUCAACACCAGCAGUCCACACAACCACAUCUCCACCUCCUGCUGCCGAAGGCUGGGACUGGUAGCGAGCGAGGACGGUUCACCGUGUGGGGUCGGCAGCUCGGUGACGGCUCUGCAGCUGCAGGUGGGCAGACAGACGCUCCGGUGUUCCGCUUUUGUCAAAGAGGACGAGGCGUUCGAGCUGUGCCUGGGUCUGCAGACUUUGCUAGAUCUCAAAUGCUGCUUGGACCUGAGCAGUAGGGUUCUGAAAUUCCACGGCUGUGACGAGGAGCUGCCCUUCCUGAACACUUGGAGCGACAGCCGGUGCCAACACGACACCAACGAGAACCUGUGAUCCCUCUCCUCUGGCGGAAGCGAGCACAGCGCCCUCCCCAGGCCUCGCUGGAUGCAGCAGAGCGGAAGGAGUCCGUUUGGGUCCGGACCAUCAUCGGUGUCUGUCACUGCCAGAGCUCGGAUAAGCCUUCGCCUGUGCUGCUCUCCAGUUUCCACCUUUGUGUUUGCAGACUGGACAUGUUUUUAAUGACUCCAUCGUCUCAUCCAGUUAGUGUAGUUUGUACAGAAAACCUUAAAUUCCCAGAGUGCGGUCGCUCUGUAAGAUUUUGCUUUCCGUUGGGUUUGAUUCAUGUGCUUCGCAGCGUUCAGAAGAUUUUUCAAAGGGAAAACUUUGACCAUAGUUUCAGAUUUUGAUGUGAUUUAACUGUACCUCUUCUUUUCACUCGGUCCAUUGAUAUCAAAAUGUCUACGAAACAUUUUUAAUGGAUUAAAUUACUGUUGAAAGGACCAUUUUAUGUGAUUGCCAACCUUUAGUGACACAUUUUAACAAUAAAAGGUAACGUGUAAUGAGGA